AUGGCCGAAGCCAAGGCCUUCGCAGGGGGAGCCGGUGACCCGUCACUGGCCCCGACACAGGCCGGGGCCUUCAAGCGCGGGGCCUCGAACUUCCAGAACUGGAUAACUCCCGGCACGGCCUUCCCGCCGGAGCCAGAUCGGUACCACCUCUACAUCAACUACACCUGCGGCUGGUGCCACCGUGCGUUGAUUAUCCAUGCGCUCAAGAACAUCCCACAGAGCGUGGUCUCCAUCUCUUCCACAGCAAACUACUUCUGGGGAGGUGGGUUGGGAUCGGAUGACUAUUCUGGCUGGGCUUUCGAUGCUGAGAAUCCGGAUCCUGUUCUCAAUGCCAAACACACGCGUGACAUCUACCUAACCGACUCGCCUGACUAUGGCCGCAGACAGCUGAGUGUGCCCAUACUCUUCGACAAGAAGACCAGAAAAAUCGUGAGCAACGACAACAUCCAGAUAGGCUACAUCCUGAACUCCUGCUUGAACGAUCUGCUCGAUGAGGAGGGCAAGAAGCUUGACCUCUACCCUGAGCCGCUGCGGCCCCAAAUCGAUGAACUCAACACGCUGAUCUAUCCCAACAUCAAUGAUGGGGUCUACCGCGUGGCGUUCGCAAAGGAGCCGGACCUCAAGGAGCAGAUGCGCCAAAAUGUUUUCAAAGCGCUGGCAGAGGUGGAGGCUAUCCUUGAGAAAUCCAAGGCGAAGGCCGCAGCAGAGGGCCGCGAGAAGUACGGCCUCGUAGCAGACUCUGGAGACGGCCUCUCGCUCGCGGACGUCCGUGCUUUUCCACACCUGAUUCGCUUCGACACCUGCUACUUCACGGCCUUCAAGUGCAAUAUCCGGCGACUCAACUCCGGGGAGUACCCACACAUCAUGGAGUGGCUGCAACGCAUGUAUAUGAUGCCUGAGGUUCAGCAGACUUGCAAGAUCUACCUGGCAUGCAUGGGCUACAACCGGGACCAUGGAGAUGGUGCCGGAGAAAGGGCCUGGAAAGAGGAGCGCUACGAAUGGCUGGAUCAGGGUAGCAAGCCUCGAGGCUGCGCUCAGGAUGCCAGCAUUUGUGGAGGCGAUGCCAAGAUCGCCCGGCGCCCAAAGUCCCAGAGGAUCCGAGGACGAGCGAAGCUCGCAGUCCCUUGCUUUGCUCCUAUCUCGGCCACUCCGAGGCGGUUGAUUAUCGUGCUGCAGGUGGAGCUGGCUGCCAUCAGCAGCAGCAAAGGCCCACAAACAGCGAUCAAUGUGCGACGACGGGAGUUCGAAGCAGAAGGUGCCGUCGCGCAGCCGGUGCAUGCGGACACCAUGCACGGCGUGACACGGUUUCUUCAGAGCGACAUUGCCCUCCACGAUGCCGGCACCGGCAAGAGCGAUGAUCUCUCCGAGGACGAGGAUGCUGCCGAUGACCUCGGCCGGGUGGUGCAAGCCGUGGCCACAGAUACGGCUCUCAUCUUCACUUCUCUUCUGGCGCUGCAGGCCGUGGAUGAGAGCAUGGGUCCAACCCACGUCUGGCCUGGCACCAACACCGUGGAACAUCACGCCACGCUUUGGGGCUCACACAUCACCGGCAAGCUGUCCGUGCGGGAUGCUGACAAGGCGUUCCAGGUGGAUCAUCGGAAGAUGACCCUGGAAUGCGGGGAUCUCGUCCUCUACGACUCAAGGACCAUGCACUGUGGAGGCCCGAACAACUCCGAUCGGCGCAGGUCGGUGUUCUGU